AUGCAGAGCAUUGAGGUGAAGGUCACGGGAAAUGCUGAAAAGGUGGAAGCUUGGGAAUUAGGGAUCGGGUUUUCAGAAGGAGAGAUUGAAAUCCCUAAUUCGAAAAGGGGCACCGAUUCAGCAGAAGGAGAAGAUGACGCAUCAGUUGCCAUCGGGCCGUUUAUGAAGAUGGGCCGCGAAGAUGAUUCGCUGCGAGAUGGGUCCAUGAUGAGCGUACUCAUCCUAUUAAGGAAGCACAAGUUGUAUGCCAAGGAAAGCAAAUGCAGUUUUGGGCAGACCAAAGUGGAGUACCUAGGCUACAUUAUCACAAAAGAAGGGGUCUCAACAGAUCCCUCAAAGGUUGAGAGCAUGGUCAAGUGGCCAAUCCCUAAGACCCUAAAAAAACUAAGGGGGUUUUUGGGGUUGACAGGGUACUAUAGAAAAUUUGUCAAGAACUAUGGGUUGGUCAGCAAACCACUAACCAACUUAUUAAGGAAGGAUGGCUUUAAGUGGAGCCAAGAAGCUGAGGAAGCCUUUCACCAUCUCAAACAAUCUAUGUCCACUACACCGGUGCUAGCUUUACCUGAUUUCACAUUACCUUUUGAGAUUGAGACUGAUGCAAGUGGAGUGGGGGUGGGUGCUGUACUAAUGCAAAAGGGCAGACCCAUUGCCUAUAUGAGCAAGGCUUUGUGUGCAAGGAACCAGUGUCUAUCUAUUUAUGAAAAGGAGUUCUUGGCUGUACUUAUGGCCAUUCAAAGGUGGAGGCAUUACUUACAAGGGCACAAGUUUAUAAUAAAGACAGAUCAACAGGCACUUAAGCACUUGUUAGAUCAGAAGGGCACCGAUUCAGCAGAAGGAGAAGAUGAUGCAUCAGUUGUCAUCGGGCCGUUUCAGAAGAUGGGCCGCGAAGAUGAUCCGCUGCGAGAUGGGUCCAUGAUGAGCGUGCGUGAUUAA